UGUCAUGCAGUCAGAAAGAACAACAAGAGCCCCUCUCACAGAGACUCAGAGCCACAGCCACCAGUUUAGCAUUACUAUCACCUCCCUUUACAGAUAACAGGCUCAGCGAGGCUGAACCCAGUCAGGCUCGGACAGUAGUUUAGAGGUCAGCGCGGGGUUUAACCCGCUGGCUGGAGAUAAACGCGCUCGGUUAAAGUGUGUCUCUGUAGUUUUGUCUAGGUCCGGACAGGAGCGCUAAUGCUAACCUGCAGCGCUGCGUUAGCUUCUGUGUGUUUUUGUCCACUUAGCUAACCCACCUAACGCUAGCUAACAUAGCCGGGCUUACAGAGCCAGGGAUCCAGCUUUAGAGCUGCAUGUAAUUUGCAUUGUGAACGGCACGAUAACUAAUAUUUACCAAGCUGUUCAGGUUAGCUUUGUCUAUUUUACCCUUCAGUCCAUCAUAAUGCAGUGCUUCGAGGGGCAGCCGGUAUGCUGAGGAACAGCAGUGGUGUUCCCCGGUUAAUUUGACCCAGUGCAUGUUUAAUUAACCACAAGAUGUCUGAAAAAUGCUAACAAACAGUGUGAAGUGUGGAAAUGUCUCAGUGAAUGAGUGUAACAGAGGCAUGAGCUCUUUAGAGCUUUAGGACUGAUGUGUGAGAUCAUGCCUCCAAGGAAGAGACCUCUUGUUCCUGUAAGCACAAGAAGACGGCUGAAGGCGGACGAUGAUUACUUUCCUUUUAACUUUCUGCCAGUCGAAUGCCAGCUCCACGUGCUUUCGUUUCUCAGUGAGGUGGACAAGUGUAACUCCGCUCUUGUGUGUUCUAGCUGGAGCCGCCUGGUGCGCUCUGGAAAGCUCUGGAGAGUGGCAGACUAUUCUCGACGUGGUGUGUUCCAUCUCGGACAGGAAGGACUGCUUGUGUCCAACAGGGAAUUCGAGCGCUGGAAGUCAUGGGUUCACCAUUACACACACCACCUCAUAUCCCGUGGGGCCAGUCUGCUCACCCUAAAGGCAAGCUUUGACUUGGGGGACCAGUGCAAUAAAUGGGGAGAGCUACUUUCUCACCUGCUGGAGAAUGUCCACUGCAGGGAUCUCAGUCAUUUAGACUUGAACUGGACGUUCACCCUGCUGGAGCCGCUGGACCUCCGCGUUCACUCCAGCUCUAGCUCUCACCAGGACAACAUCACCAAAAUGGACCAGGUCAACAACUUCCAGAUCCUUUUAGCCAGACUAGCUCAGAACUGUCCGCGAAUCACCAAGAUGCGCCUGCACUUCGACUGGUCAGAGUCAUCGGUGGCUUUGAUAACUCAGUUUCAGCACCUCCGCGUCUUAGAACUCAAGUACUUCUGGGUAUUUAAAGGCGUAAGCCCUAGCACCUUGCAAACACUGACCAAAUCGUUGCCUAACCUGAAGUCCCUUACUCUCCAUGUGCUCGUGCCACUUCGGAAUCUGGGCAUUUCAUACACUCUUGAAUCCCUAUCCCUGGAGUUCCUUGAUGUCUCCCCCAGCCGAGGUUUGGUCUUCUCUUGCCUCAAACUGCCUGCACUCAGAGAGCUGCGGGCCAAAAAGAUUGUGCGGGGGAUAACUUUGGACCGUCGCACCAGAAUCCGGAUCCAGAGCAGGUGGCCUUGCCUUUAUCAAGUCUUGCGGGAAGGAACGCCCAAGCUGCAGGCUCUCAACAAUGAACGGCUCCUUCCCAACUGGAAAGAGCAGAGUUACGGAGAGCUUACUUCCAUUCUCCAGCAGUCCUGCUACUGCCUCCAGCAUCUAGACAGUUGGCUCUGGUGAAUAAAAAAAAACUAGAAAAGACUGUCUAGAUUUUAGACAAGAUUGCACACUUUUAUGAAAUCAUGGUGCCCAUCUACAGAGGUCAGAAUAGAAGAAUCCCCUACAUAGGACAAGUGUCUAUCACAUAUUCAAAGGAUCAGUGUGGUUGCAGGUUUAUCAGCAAUGUAGGAACACACAUGAUCAAUUAAAUAUAUUAAAUAAACCAGUGGAGUCAAGCCUGAAAACCUGCGGCUAUAAUGACCCUUUAAAGAUAAAAACUGGACACCCUAUUUAAACUAAAACAGAAAUAAAUAUGAAGCACCAUUUUGGACCAAAUGUUCACUGAUUCACAGCUAAGUAAACGACUUGAAAAAGAAGAAACAAUAAGCAAAAAAAUCAGGACAGUAUUAUUCUUUUUGUUGAUGUUGUUAUUGCCUUCACAAAAUGAAAUGCCCUAAAUCUUUUUCUGUUCUUGUUUCAUGGCUAGGCUAAAUCCAGACUAAAGACCAAAUACUCCUAACCAUCAGCAAAAGUUGAUCCAGUUUUCUGUAGAUGUAGCUCCAUGUCUUGUCUGUUGAAGUGAAGUACUGUGCAAUUGUAUGAAAAUAUUCUGUCAUCAUGGUCAACAAGGAAAGGAGGGCUGGGUUUCCCUAAAGCCUUUUAGCAAAAGGUCAUUGUUAAACAGUUUGGUGAGCAUCACAUUUAAAUGCUCUUUCUAUCAUUUGCAAUGAUCGUAAUAAAACCAAGCUUCUCAUUUUGGAAGCCUUGGUAAUCUUGCUAGCCUAGAUGACUCCUGAAAUAUAUGCUAGCUUACCAUAAGGGGGAAGCAGUGAGUGUUGAGAUGUGUAAUUGAGUGAGUGUGAUUCAGAUUUGAUUUAAUUCAUCUGAUAUUUCUUUUAUUUUUAAAUUCCAGAAGUAAAGAAAGAAUAGUGUUUCAGUAACAGCAUAAUGCUUUAAUAUUUCAAACCAUCAGUACAUUCAUUUUUAAACUUUGCCUCAGAUAUUAGUCUUAAUCGUUUUAUUUGAGUAUAACUUGAGUAAUUAUACUCUCAUGUCAGCACUAGAUUGAACAUGUUUAAAAGCCAGGUGUAUCAUUUCAGCUGGUAUUGUUCAAUAAUUAGAAGUCUUUCUAUGCACAGGGAGUUUCUGCAUCUUAUGCUUUACUUGCAGUAAUAAUUUAAGAAUCUCUCCAAUCUAGAUUUUAUAAUCAGAAAAAGCAGCUUUGAAUUGAACAAAUCCUUUGAGGUAAAUUUCAGAUAGCUGCACUAGACCAAGGACUAUGCUCACAUUAAUAUUAAUAUGUACAGAGAUUAUAUGCUAUAAUGUGGUUCUGUAAAGGAUCUCUGAUAAGAAUCCCAUCUUUUUUUAAUGAAAUCAAACCCUAUAAUCAUUUACUGAAGCCAGAACGGCUUUGAUUUGUUUGUAGAUCCAAAGACUGAUGGAGCAAGUGAUGUGUAUUUUUAUGAAUAGAAAAAGUGUGGCUUUGUGUGGAAAGUUUUUUGUUCUGUCAUUGUUUUCUUGCGCAUUAAGCAUUCCUCCACAAGGAGAACUAUAUGUGUAAUACUUCAUACUUAUCCAUAGAGGUCCCCUCAGUCUCAGUUUUGUAUUCCAGAUAUUACAGUCAGAAUGUCACUUUUACCCUGUUCAGUUUGUUUUUGGCCCUUGCACUGAUUUUUUUUUUAAUGGCUAGGGAAAACCAUGUAAUGCAGUGAUUAUGGAAUAUUGCCUGGAAUUGUUAUCAGCUGCCAGAAUAAAUCCAGUUUUAUUGGACAGCAA